AUGGCUUCCUCCCUCGAACCCGUAGAUAUCCCAUCCUUCUGCGCGACCCAACUCCAUCUCUUAGACCAAGAACUUCAAUCUGAGCUGUCCGAAACCUCCACUUUCCUAACGGGAACUUCACCUACUUCACUUCAUCGCGCUGGACUUGCUAUUAUAAAUCUCGUUUUGAUAUCUCAAAGAACUGGAUUGGGAGGAAAGACUGUCGUUGAGCUGGGUCCUGACCCGGCGACUUCUAGUUCUGGCUCCGUAGGAAAAGGUAAAGGUGGCGGAGGGUCCGGAGAGGGCGAAUUACAAGAACAUGGAAUACGAGUUGGCGAUAUCGUGGCAGUUAGUGAGCAACCCAGUGGAAGCGCGAAGAAGAGAGAAGUCAAGGAGUUAGAGGAGAAGGGAAGUAAAGGUGUGGUGACUAAGGUAGGGAGGAGUGCCGUGUGGGUCGCGCUAGAUGAGAAUGGGAAAGGAGAAGAGAAUGUUGGGGGAAUGAAAAGGUGUUGGGUGGUUAAGUUGGCAAAUGAUGUUACGUACAAGAGGAUGAACGGUACCAUGGGAAAGUUGGGAAAGAUGCAAGAAGCGGAAUACUCGAAUUUCGUAAGGGUUUUAUUUGGCUGGUCGUCAGCUUCGCCCGUACCAGAGAAUUUGAUGGGCGAAGAAAUAGAGUGGGUGGAUCUGAGUCUGAACGAUAGUCAAAAGCAUGCUAUUAGAUUUGCGUUGGCUUCGAAAGAGAUAGCUUUAAUCCACGGGCCACCUGGAACUGGAAAAACUCAUACUCUAAUUGAGCUUAUUUUGCAGAUGCUCAAACAAGGCCUUAGAGUAUUAGUUUGUGGGCCGUCCAAUAUAUCCGUGGAUAACAUUGUCGAGAGGCUUGCACCACAUAAGGUACCUAUUCUACGUUUGGGUCACCCGGCUAGACUUUUACCAUCAGUUGUCAAUCACUCUCUUGAUGUCCUUACACAGACUUCAGAAGCAGCUGCAAUUGUUCAAGAUGUGCGGAAAGAAAUGGAUACCAAACAAGCUUCAAUAAAAAAGACCAAGAGUGGUAGAGAGCGAAAAGCGAUAUAUGGCGAUCUCAAGGAGCUCCGCAAGGAGUUUCGAGAACGGGAAAGGAAAUGUGUAAAUACCUUGGUAAAAGGUUCAAAAGUUGUGCUUGCAACUUUACAUGGUGCUGGAGGUUACCAAUUGAGGGAUGAGAACUUUGACGUUGUGAUAAUUGAUGAAGCUAGCCAGGCUUUGGAAGCUCAAUGUUGGGUGCCUCUGCUGUCAGCUGGCAAAGUUGUUCUUGCAGGAGACCACCUUCAGUUACCACCAACAAUCAAAUCACUAAAUUCAAAGACAAAGACGAACCCGCAAAGUACAGAGACAGAGAGCAUCAUUAAGGGAAUGACUUUGGAGACAACUUUGUUUGAUAGAUUACUGAAAUUACAUGGAAUUAGAAUUAAGGUUAUGCUUACUACACAAUACCGGAUGCAUGACAAGAUUAUGAGGUUUCCUUCGGACGAAUUAUACGAAUCAAAACUUGUUGCAGCCGAAGCAGUUAAAGCAAGACUCCUCACGGAACUGCCUUACGAUGUGGAGGAAACUGAGGAUACUAUUGAACCCUUAAUCUUUUUCGACACACAAGGUGGCGACUUUCCGGAGAAGAGUGAGGAGGAAGGUGUCGAUAAGAAAGCCGGAAAGGGAAUGUUGGGUGAGAGCAAAAGCAACGAAAUGGAAGCGGCGCUCGUGAGACGACAUGUCCAAAAUCUUGUGGAUGCUGGAUUGAAGCCAGAGGAUAUUGCGGUUGUGACGCCAUACAAUGCUCAGCUCGCCUUAAUGGCUCGAUCGAUGAAGCAGGUAUUCCCUGGCAUUGAACUGGGCAGUGUUGAUGGGUUUCAAGGAAGAGAAAAGGAAGCAAUCAUUGUUUCCCUCGUCCGGAGUAAUAGCGAAUACGAAGUUGGAUUUUUAGGAGAGAAACGUAGAUUGAACGUCGCUAUGACCCGACCACGACGCUCGUUGACAGUCAUUGGCGAUUCGGAAACUGUCUCGAGAGGUAGUAAGUUCCUCAAACGAUGGAUGGACUUUUUGGAAGAACAUGCCGACUUACGAUACCCGUCGAUAGCGGAGUUAAAUUCGUAA